GCGGGGUCGAGGGGCGAAAACGCGAAAUGGCAGAAAUCAGCCACCAUAGAAAACAGAUACCAGUCAACUACAUACACACACGUUUGUUUAUUCCUUUGUGUGUUGGAAAUUAUUGAUGGUCCUUCUGUCACUGUCCGUAAUUUAGCGUGGUCUCCGAUUUCUUCAAUUUUUGCUGUGAUUUUCACCAGUAAAAACUCCGUAUAGCGGCAAAAAAGAGGGACAGACCUGAAGAUCCUCUUUUAUUCCGGAAGCAGAUAAAAAUGAAAAUGAAACAAAUUACAGUUUUAACAACUGUACUAGUGUUUUUUCUUCUUGUGUUGGACUUUUCGGAUGCAUGGAGAGGCAAUUAUUACACAAUAAAACGUAGUAGAAGAGUGAGGAUAAGAUACUGUGCCUGCUGGUACUGGUGGUGGGGUUGUUCCUGCUGGAGAUAUUACUGGAAAACCGAAUACUACAACGACAAAUUUUGUCGGCCAGGAUGGACACAUAACGGGGACCAAAAUUGUAACAUUCCUGUAUGCCGGCCCAAUUGCCAAAAUGGCGGAACGUGUGUAAAUCCAAAUGACUGUGACUGUCCAAGCUGGUCUCAAGGAAUAGGGUGUGCAUCUUUAACGUGCUCCUACAAACGCCCUUGUUACCCUGGAGAUUGUAAAAGCGGUACACAAUGUACAUGCGAACCAGGCUUUGAAAGUCAAAGUAAUUAUGACGGUUGUAUCAUAUUUAAUUCAUCACACACAGAACUAAGACCGAUAGUUGGUAAGAGCAACGUUACAAUAUCUCAUAUCAGAAGAACCGACAACAGAGUUGAUUUUAUGUUUACAUUGGAAGGCCUUGAGGAGAAGGAUCCAGGCAAAAGAGACAUUAUUUGGAGCAAUCAAAAGCUAUUUAACCAUCUACGCUUUGAAUAUGAGACGCUUUUCACACCUCCAGAAAAUCUACCAGAAAGGCCAGUCUACGUCCGUGAAUCUAAAAUGGGGAUAGCAGGGAGCAUAAUCGAAGCAAACGUUAGCAAAGUCCCUAGACACGGUUAAAUAUAAAGUUCAAGUCAACAUCAGGAGGUUUCCAGAAGCUAGUCAACAUUGAUCAACAGAGCAAGCAUUAUGCAACAAAAUACUAUAAAGGCUUGCAAGAUGUUAGAGAGGUAUCACUGCAUGGCUAAACCUAAAUAAUCUCAUUUAUUAUCUCUUUUGAGAUUGACGUAUGCUGCAUGUAUAUCUAUUCAUUUUCUUUGUUGUGUUUUCUAGGAAAUCCAUUCCUUUCUCAUUUGUUUCGGUAGUUUACAAAUUCAACGAUACUUAUUUGUAACAUUUGCUUACUUACUAAGAAAAACUCGGCUUUGUCAGUUACUAAUUUCCAUCUUUUUUAGACAGAAAAUGGGGGCAUACAAAUGGACGUCCGUAUUUACUAUUGUCCUGUUAAUCAGGCAUACUUCCUGUCGAGUCUAGAACUCUGUUUCUAUUACGUGAUCUUAAAAUCACUCAGCACAACUAGGUCCAAUAAUAAACAGAACCAAGGUCAUAGCCACACUUGCAAGUAAAAUCUGACAUGGUAUGUUUCGUGUCCACUUCAUAACUCUGUCGUUUCAAAAUCACUUAGUGCAGACCUUGAUAUAAAUGAGAUGACGUUUAUCAU